AUGCGUGGGUUCGUGGAACAAUACGAAAACGACUUUCUUGAGCGUUAUGACUCGCUCCUUACACCGGUUGAACGAAGCGAUGUAUUUCGCAUUUUAGUAUGCAAGCACUUUGGUGGAAUAUAUGCGGAUCUUGAUACUGAGCUCAUACGACAUCCAGCUGCGUGGAUAAGCGGAUCUGAUAUAGCUACCUGGACAGACCCGAAAACAGGAAAGACUCACGGCUAUCAUAAUACUUCAGGAACAGCAGACUACGAAACGCCAGUAGUCAGCCUUCUUUGGGGACUAGAAGCCGAUAACGACCCAGAGUCCGAUGCAUACUGGCGACGAAGCUAUACAUAUCCUCAACAACUAUCGCAAUGGGCAUUCGCUGCUGCUCCUCAACACCCGGUAUUCGAACGAUAUAUGGACAAUCUACGGACUUGUACCAGAGACAACGAAACAGCGGCUCAGAAUAGUGACCCACUCAAGAGAACUGGUCCUGCGGCUGUCACUCUUGCAACCAAGUCCUGGCUAGAGGACGAUGUGGACUUUCGAUGGACCAGCUUGACAGGUGUCAAAGAUGGGGGUAAAUCUAAGUUGAUUGAAGACAUACUCAUUCUUCCUAUUACCGGCUUUCAUCCGAGCCACGGAAGCCGUAACGACGUUAUGGGCAGAAAACCAAUAACAGACCCCGCGGCUAGAUUAUGCCAUCAUGGCACAGGAUUGUGGAAGCAUUUUAAUUUCGUGGGAGAGUACGGAAAGGUUUGUCGAAGGCUUUUUGGUCUUUGCAGGGAUUGGCCAAGAAUAACAGGAUACAGGAACAGAACUGAAAUGGCCGAAGUUCUCGGUAUCGUCUCCGGCGCCGCGGGCCUUCUCAGUCUAGCGAUAGAAGUCACCAAGCUCAGCUACACUUACAUCGCCAGCGUUCGGGGUGCGCCUAAAUCGUUAACCUCGUACAUUGGGGAGCUUGCAACGCUCACCUCUGUUUUGUUACAGCUCGAAGACCUCAUUCAGGCUAAUAGGUUCAACGGCCAGAAUAGCCAGACACUCAGCAAGGCUUUACACGACUGCCAACUCGAAGUAGAAAACCUGAGGGCAAAACUUGAGAAAAAGCUGUCGUAUGGCAGAAUCAAGGCCAGGGUGUCUGCUUUGGCUUGGCCGUUGUCGGAAUCGGAGUUGCUGGAAAAAGUAAAUAUGCUGCAUCGCUACAAUGGAAUUUUCUCAUCUGCCUUGCAAGCUGACAAUUUAACCGUGGCAAUCGUGACGAACAAAGAGCUGCGAGACAUUAGGCAAAGUACCGAAGCGAAGGAAAUAAUUGCCUGGUAUAAGUGGGAUGUCGCAAUUGAGGCUUCAACCUCUCACCUGGAUGAUUACUGUCCCUCUACAUGGCAGACAUUUCUAUCGGGCUCUUUCUAUCAAUCUUGGCGAAGUGGCUCAACACCCGUCGUUUGGGGAUAUGGACAACCUGGUGCUGGGAAAACAGUAUUGGCCGCCCUCGUUCUUCGGCAUGUCAAGUCUGGUAACUUACCUGGUACAGCCAUUGCUUCACACUUUUUCAGUAGCAGCAGGCCCAAGGAAACUGUGAGCAAUUUCCUGCGAGGCCUUAUCGCCCAAGUACUCAACGGCUGCCCUGUGAUCCCCCAAGAAGCAUCGGCCCUGUAUGAAAAAGGGUCCCAGAAUGUAAUGGUGACUGAUCUGGUCAGUGUCCUUGGGGCGAUUGCCAAGUCAAUGACCACGUGUAUCAUUCUUGAUGCACUUGACGAAUGCCCUUUUCUUCCAAAGCUUUUCAACAUCCUGUCGACAUUACAGAAUUUGGGAGUUAGAAUCUUUGCAACAGCUCGGGAUUUACCUAAAAUUAGGAAGCAUUUCGAGAAGAAGCCAAGGGUGGAAAUUUCUGCCACUAGACAAGACCUAGAUUUCUACGUUAAUCACCGAUUGGAACAUGGAGAAGUUGAUGCUGAGUCGAUUGGGAUAGAAUUGAAGUCAGAACUUGUAUCGACGAUUGCGAAGAGGGUGGCCGGGUCCUUCCUACUUGCUCGGCUCAUCAUGGAUCACAUCACAAGCCUGCUCACCAUCAAGGACAUACGAAAGGCCCUGACCUCGUUACCCGCUAACUACAAUGAGGCUUACUUGAGCACGUUUGAUCGUAUAGUCAAGCAAACCACUAGUCUGACGGACCUCGCUUUGAAAUCAUUGAAUUUCAUUUCGUACGUCAAGGAGCCUUUACGGAUGGUCGAACUGCAGCAUGCUCUCACUACGGAGGAAGGCAUGCUGGAAGUUGACCCUGAGGAUCUUCAUCCUUCUAAAGCUAUUAUCUCAUCAUGCCUUGGACUGCUUGUGGUUUCGGGACCGGAGAAAAUCGUCGAGUUCGUACACUCGACUGCGCGAGACUUCCUCCAGAGUCGACCUGAAGGGAUGGAUAAGCGCCCCCAUCUUACGAUUGUUCGCAGCUGCAUCUCGUACAUGUCAACAGAUGAGAUGAGCCAGGGCCGUUGUCUAUCCCACGAAGACGUCAUUCAACGUUGUCAAAAGCAGCCAUUCCUACAUUAUGCAGCGAACUUCUAUGGAUACCAUGCUCAAGAAGUCGAAGAUGAAUGCUCCCACCAGCUUUCGGGGUUUCUAGAGGACGAUGCUCUUCGGGACAGCUCUUGGCAGCUUUUGAACUUCAAAGCUCAUCUCGACACUUCUGUCUCCAAAUCUAUGUUUGACUCUAGUCCUAGAAAUGUACUGGCUCUACACGUGGCCGCAUUCUGGGGUUUCAAAGCGUACAUUGAUCGCAGCUUGAGUUAUACUCGACAGGGAACUCCGAGCACUCAGAAACAGAAUUUGAACAAUAGGGACUCUCACGGUUGGACACCUUUACACUGGGCCGUGUCCAUGGGGCAUGAGAGUAUAGUUGAGAUUCUUCUCAAAUUGGGAGCCAGUCCCGAUCUUCCGGAUCUCGCAGGCUGGACGCCAACAUUCUGGGCAGCUUUCAAGGGCCACGCGGAUAUCAUUGAAAUGCUCUGGCGCUAUGACACGGCUCCUUUUCGAUGCGAUGUCAAAGGACUCACUCCACUUCACUGGGCAGUAUCCGCAGGCCAGACCGAGAUUGUCAAGCGGCUUUUAAAUCUCAAGACACGCUUUGCACAGUACGGUAUGUCGCCAGUGCUCUCACUACCGUCACUGAACGAUAUGACGGUCGAGAAAGCUCGAGCCAUGACUACCAGGGCAAAUGAGAGUCCUUUCAAGUUCUACUCAGAGGGGACAGAUAUCGAAAUGUUUUCUGCCAUUUUCAACGCCCUAAAGCAGAGUUUUCGUGAGAAACAAGACAGACCUCGAGAAAGUGGUGAGGGAUAUUAUACAUUUGAUCCGUUCCUUUAUGGACCCUUUGGACAGAGUCUCAAGGCUGAUUACGGAAGAAGAGCGAGGCCGGACCACGAUUACCAGCAGGGAAAGCCAGAUGUUGGAUUUCUUGAGUUUGUGGAUAAAUUGCUGAUUCACGCCACGCGGUCCCAGGACUUGCCUAUCAUCAAACUGGUGUUUGAUCUCAAGCUUGUGAAAGCUUCUGGGAUUGAUAGCCUUGGUCUGCUUCACGAAGCGGCAGUAUCUGGCUGGGUCGAGGGCAUGGCUGCCUUGAUUGACCUCGGGGUCGAUGUCAAUAACGCGGAGAGAAGAUUUAAGCAAACCCCUCUCCACAGAGCCUGUCAAAAUCAACGGGAAGAAGCAGUCAAGCUGCUUUUGGGUAUCGACAAGAUUGAUGCCAAUGCUCAAGCCAGCGAUGGGCGAACACCAAUUAUGAAUCUUAUGACCGCUUCCUAUGAAGAGAAAGGAGUCGAUCUAUAUAAGCUACUGGUUUCAAGAGGAGCUUCAAUUUCCAUCCAAGACACGGAAGGCAACUCGCUUAUGCAUUACGCCUUACGGACCUGCAAUUCUACAGUCGUGCAAAUGUUGUGCACGGCCGGGUUGAGCAUAGAAUCUCCAAACAAAAGCGGCCAAUUACCAUUGCACUGGAUGGCUCAUUGGAAGUACUUCGAUCUUCGGAAACCUGUCACGCCCAAUGACGCCCAAGAUGUGAGAAAAGGGCGAAGAGAUUGCAUGAAACUCGUCUUUCAGCUCUCAAGUCUUAGCUCCCUGGAUUCUGUGUGUGAUUGGGAAAAUGGAGCAACGCCUUCUAGGCAAACGCCUUUGUCAUUGGCUUUGAAGAGUCACAAUUGGGACAUUGCAGCCGAGCUGUUAAAACACAUCAAGAAGCCUGUAAAUCUGAGAUCUUUGCUGGAUCCCUAUCAUAAUAUUGUAAACGAACUAUGUAUGGUAUCAGAAAGACUUGCCACAGUCUCAGCUCCCGGAAGCCGGGAUCGAACGGUGCUUUAUUAUGAGUUGCAGCCACUUCCCUCUGAUGAUUGGACCCGUAUUCUUGAAAUGCUUAUGCACGCUGCAGCUGAUAUCAAUGAGACUGGUUGGGACAUGAACACGCCCCUGCAGCUUUGCGUACAGAGAGCUGCUAGCAUAUCUGUCAUUGAUACCCUGCUAAAGCUAGGAGCCAGUCCGUACCAGGCAGGUAAAGACGGAUUAGAUUGCUUCCAGCUUGCACUGUUGUCUUGCGAUGAAGCAGGUAGUUGGGAAAUAAUGCGCUGUCUUCGGACCUACGCCAACACUCAUCCAGACCCAAGACACUAUUUCUGCCAAGGAGGUUUUCUCAUUGCCGCCGAUACUCCCAUAGACAAUGAGGAAACUCGCUACCUUCAGGUCCUCCGCCAGACGAAUGCUAUCAACUAUGAAACGCGAUGGGGUCGUACCCUGAUCUACGAGGCCGCUAGUCGAGGAAACACACGUUUGGUACAAAGGCUGCUGGAACAUGAUGCUUAUGCCUGUUAUGUAGAUGACUGUGGUAGCUCUGCAUUACAUGCAGCGGCCAAAAAGCAAGCUCCGGCGACGGUGGCCGUUCUCUUAGAGGCUGGAGCAGAUGUCCAUCAAGCUUCUGUGGAUGAACAUGGCUCAACAGUUACGGGUACCCCGCUGCAUGUGUGUCUCAAGGCUUGGAUUGGCGGUAAACUCAAAAGCGAAACAGUCGAAACCGUUCGUAUCCUGCUGAGCUAUGGUGCUGAUCCAAACUAUGCCACAGCCACGGACGGUCAUACAGAGACGAGCCUCUCACUCUGUCUCAAGGCACUGCGCCAGUCCAUAUACCUCCGCCAUCCAGAUCAAUUAACUAUUGAAGAUUCAGAUCACGUGUUACUAGAGGUACUGAAACUACUGGUUGAUGCGGGAGCGCGAGUCGCUGAGAGCGCGGAUGAUAUCAUAGUUGGUGUUGUUGCGAAAAUGGAGGGCCAUGAAUCGUUGUGGGAGGAAAUGAGAUCGCAAUUGAUACCAAGCAGAUCAUAG